AUGCCUCGCCAACAACGCCGCGCCGCCCCUACUCCUGCACGCAGUGCACCCACUCGUCCUACAGCUGCUCCUGCUAGGCCCGCCCCCCAGCAGCAGGCGUCUCAUUCAACUGCUGCGCAACCCCAGCAGCACCAGGCUCCUCCGCCCAUGCAGGCCCCUGCCCAGCAAAGCGCAGGCCCGGGUCUGUUUGGGCAGAUGGCCUCUACAGCUGCUGGUGUAGCUGUCGGUUCCUCUAUUGGCCAUGCCGUCGGAGGCUGGUUCAGCGGUGGUGGCUCCAGCGCUCCUGCUGAGACCCAGCAGGCUGCUCCUGCUCAGUCGCAGGCUAUGGAUAACAGUCUCUGGCAAAGCAGUGCCACAAAUCAGUCUUGGGAGACCCCUGCCUGUGAAUCCAAUGUCCGUGACUUCCGCAACUGUAUGGAUGAGAACCAGGGCAACAUGGGCAUCUGCGGAUGGUAUCUUGACCAGCUGAAAGCGUGCCAAGCUGCUGCCAAACAAUAUUAA